AUGGCAAAUCCAUCAACCACCUGCCAAGCAAUUUCGGUGAUUGGGGCUGAACAGGGAGAAGGUUUCGAGACGCGGCGGAGUCUACUCUCGCCGGCCUGUGGUGGAGCCGUGAAGUUGCAGUGGACGCGGCGGAGCGGAGCCGUGAAUAGCAGUGACGCGGCAGAAGGAGCCACCUUCGUGGUGACCAACAGUGUCGCCGGCAAGGUCCUCUCCGGCAGGGGGUACAGGGAGUACAGGCUCGGGGACUACUCGAAUUGGCUACAGAACAGGGUCAACGACCACUGGGGCCGGGUUAGGAGCUAUUUGGUUGACAGUAACAUUUGUCAGAGGCUGCUUCAGGCUGGUUCGACCCCGGUGGACGAUUUUUACCGAGAGCAUCUAUCUGCGCUUCAGUUUUUUCACAUUGAAAUUUACCAUUCUGGAUGCUGUAAGCCCUCGAAUGAUUGCAACUUCACGUACGUGAGCCCAACAAACUGGACAAGGCCACAAACACCAGCUUCUAGCAACCCAGACUGUGCUCGGUGGAGCAAUGAGCCGAGAGUGCUCUGCUAUGGCUGCGACUCGUGCAAGGCUGGCCUUCUCGAUAAAUCAAGACCGACUGGAAGAGAGUUUCCGAACAACCGGGAGGACAACAGUGCCUGGAAA